AUGGGUGAUUCUUCUUUCGUGAUUGAUUUUUUGAUGGGUGGUGUUUCCGCCGCCGUCUCUAAGACUGCCGCUGCUCCAAUUGAAAGAGUUAAGUUAUUAAUCCAAAACCAAGAUGAAAUGAUGAAGCAAGGUCGUUUAUCUAGAAAGUACGAUGGUAUUAUCGAAUGUUUCAAGAGAACCGCUGCUGAAGAAGGUAUGGUCUCUUUCUGGAGAGGUAACACCGCCAAUGUUAUCAGAUACUUCCCAACCCAAGCAUUGAACUUCGCUUUCAAGGAUAAGUUCAAGGCUAUGUUCGGUUUCAAGAAGAACGAAGGUUACUGGAAAUGGUUUGCUGGUAACUUAGCUUCCGGUGGUAUGGCUGGUGCCACUUCUUUGUUAUUUGUCUACUCUUUAGAUUUCGCCAGAACCAGAUUAGCUAACGAUGCUAAGUCCUCUAAGGGUGACGGUCAAAGACAAUUCAACGGUUUAAUCGAUGUUUACAAGAAGACUUUAGCUUCUGAUGGUAUUGCUGGUUUAUACAGAGGUUUCGGUCCAUCCGUUAUCGGUAUUAUUGUCUACAGAGGUUUAUACUUCGGUUUAUACGAUUCCUUGAAGCCAGUUAUCUUAGUCGGUCCAUUAGAAGGUAACUUCUUAGCCUCUUUCUUAUUAGGUUGGGCUGUCACCACCGGUGCCUCUACUGCUUCUUACCCAUUAGAUUCCGUUAGAAGAAGAAUGAUGAUGACCUCUGGUCAAGCCGUUAAGUACGAUGGUGCUUUCGACUGUUUCAAGAAGGUUGUUGCUGCUGAAGGUAUCAAGUCCUUAUUCAAGGGUUGUGGUGCUAACAUCUUAAGAGGUGUCGCCUCCGCCGGUGUUCUUUCCAUGUAUGAUCAAUUCCAAAUGAUCAUGUUCGGUAAGAAAUUUAGUUAA